UCAUGUGAUUGAGAUUAUUAUCUUUUUCUUGUCUUUUUCCUUCCUAAGACCAAAGCCGAUAUUCCUACGCACAAAAGCACAUAUGGCCGGUUCUCUACUCACUAACACACACGUAUAGUACACAAACAAAACCCACUAUAAAAAAUAUAUAUAUACUCAUAAGUUAACACCACCAUUACCUCACUCCACUCCUCAUCAAACUAUCUUGAUAAUAAUAUCCCAAUUCCCAAUAUCUCUAUCUCAAUAUAAUUAAUAUUACAAAUUAAAUCAAGCCAUGUAUCUCUUCAAUUUUCUUCUCAUGCUUAACUCUUUAGCUCUCCUCUUACUAUCACUUCUCAUACUCUUUUUCCUCUUCUCAAUACUAAGAAAAUCCUAUAUUAUAUACAUUAAUAAUAAUAAUACCACUCCUACUACUACUUAUGGUCCCAUUUCUUACCCUAUAAUCGGGUGCUUAGUAUCUUUCUACGAGAACCGGCGCCGCCUUCUCCAUUGGUACACCGAUUUGGUGUUGUGCUCUCCCACAAGCACCGUAGUCGUGAAGCGACUCGGGGCUCUGCGCACGAUCGUGACAGCCAACCCGACUAACGUCGAGUAUAUUUUAAAGACCAACUUUCCUAACUUCCCAAAAGGAGAGUCUUUCACUGAAAUCCUCGGCGAUCUUUUAGGCUGCGGGAUAUUCAAUAUGGACGGCGAGUUAUGGUCGACUCAGAGGAAGCUAGCGAGUCACGAAUUCUCGACUCGUUCGUUGAGGGAGUUCGUGGUGAAGACACUGGAAGAAGAAGUUAAUGAGCGUUUGAUUCCUUUGCUCGAAAACGCUGCCCAAAACGACACCGUUUUGGACUUGCAAGAUUUGCUUAAGAGAUUCGCUUUCGAUACUAUUUGUAAAGUCGCGCUCGGUCACGACCCGUGUUGUCUUGACACGUCACGACCCGUGCCGAGUCUUUUUAGAGCUUUCGACACUGCUGCUGAGAUUAGCGCCAAGCGUAGUACCUCAACGGUGGCGCUGUUGUGGAAAAUGAAGCGAUUUUUUCGGUUCGGAUCGGAGAAAAAGCUUCGUGACGCGAUCGAAAUCGUUCACGAAUCGGUUUCGGAGAUCAUAACAAAGAAGAGAAAACUUAUUCUUGAAGAUGAAAAUAAAGGUGGUGGUGAUAUGCUUUCGAGGUUUUUAAUGGCCGGACACGACGAUGAAGUAGUUAGAGAUAUGGUUAUAAGUUUCGUCAUGGCCGGACGUGACACGACUUCGGCGGCGAUGACGUGGCUAUUCUGGUUACUUUCUCAAAAUUCAAAAGCAGAGAAGCUUCUACUCAACGAAUUAAACAGAUCAUGUAGUAAUAGCAAUAAUGUUGCAUUGAAUUACGAUUCAUUACAAGAGAUGAGUUUUUUGAAAGCUUGUUUGUGUGAGUCGAUGAGAUUGUAUCCUCCUGUGUCUUGGGACUCAAAGCACGCUGCAAACGACGACGUUUUGCCUGACGGGACUGUCGUAAAGAAGGGUGAUAGAGUGACGUAUUUUCCGUACGGGAUGGGGAGGUUAGAAGAGCUUUGGGGGGGAAAUUGUGGUGAGUUUAAACCUGAACGGUGGUUAUUGGAAGAUGAUGAAACGGGUCGGGUUUUGAAAGCGGUUAGCCCGUUUAAGUUUCCGGUUUUUCAAGCUGGUCCGAGAGUUUGUUUAGGGAAAGAGAUGGCUUUUACUCAGAUGAAAUAUGUGGUUGCUUCUGUGCUUAAACGGUUUGAGAUUCGACCCGUUUGUUUGGACCAACCGGUUUUUGUUCCUCUUUUGACUGCACACAUGGCUGGUGGCCUAAGGGUUUCGGUUCGAAACAGAUCCAAGUAGUAACAAUAUUUACGAAUAAUGAUAUAAUUAAUUGAGUGUAUAAAUAUGGGUACCCAUAUAUAUGUAUUGAGGUUUAAUUACUCAUUAUGUAUUAUGUGUGUAAUAUAUAUAUUUUUUUUUUUUUUGAA